AGCGCACUGAGGGUUACCUGUGUGUGUGUGAUUAAGGCGCUACUUGCGUGACUCUUGUGUGUUACAGGCUGGGCUGGGUUGUGGUGAGGCUUGCUGGGUGGUUUGCUGGACUGACGGAACGAGGAAGCAGGGAAAGAGAAGUGAUAUUGAAAGGAAGGGAAAAAGUUGCGUGUGGAAAUAUGACAAGGCGGAAGCAAGGAGCGAGUGUGACAAGAGUGACAAGGAACAACAGGUGACUGGAAACAAACACUUGCAUGUCUCGAUCCAUCAGCAGAGUCAGUGGGACGUUUGGAUCACGAGGACGUGGGAAAGGAAGGACAGCAAUUGAGACACGAUCAUCUGCUCUUCUCUCACUGAUGUUCCUCUGAGACUGACCAUCGUCUUCAACAUCUCCACUGUCUACCUGCUCCAUCUGUUGAGACACCUCCGUUCCACCUGUAUUGAGGGACGCUGUAGUAUAGACCAUAUUCUGAAGCACCUCUGGCCACACCUCCACUACUUUCAAAAGGCACUAGUUGAAGUUACACGGAUUUUGAAAGGUGUUUUUGUGGUUCUAGUGACAGAUUGACAAGAUUUCUACAUUACUAACAGCAGAAGCACUCUUGAGAAUCCCGGUUGAUCAUUUCUGUGGCCUUUGAAUAUAGUCGUGGUGGGGAAAGCAGAGUUUCAGAAUACGGCCCAUAGUGUUACUGUCCCUCCACUGUCUCUCCAUGCUGGGUGACCGUGCCGUGGCCUGGUCCCUGCAGCGGCUGUUCCUAUAAUCCUCGUCCUCGUCGUCCUUGUGUUGCUGCCGCCGGCCCCCCCACCACUCAUGAGGUGACGACACUCAACGUCCCGAAGAUGGAUCGGGUGGUGCUCCCUCCGUGCCUUCUUCUGUUGCUGUUGCUCCUCAGACCCCUGGGGACCAACAGUUCCGUGCACGUCUACGAGUUUCAGCCGAAGGGGCAGCAGUCAGACAGCUACCUGCUAUACUCCAAGAACCUCACCUUGCCGCCGCUCGACGCCCUCACCUUCUGCGUCAGGCUCAGAUUCUACUUUCUGUGGGAGGUGUCCGGCUUCCUGCAGGUGUCCGACGACACUUCUGGCAACCUUGUGCCCACGAUCCAGGCGGAAGUGAACCUCAACUACAUCCGCGUCACGCUCGCCAACUUCAGGCGAUAUCACUUCCUCAAGAAUCGCUUGCGCGCGCUCACGUGGCAUCAUCUGUGUGUCACCUACGGCGAGGGCGUCACGGUGUCCUACCUAGAUGGCGCCGAACAGGACCGACACCCUUACGAGCUUAACCAGAACAUCACUGGCAACCACGCCAAGGUGGGCGCCUGGGACAAGGCGAGCAGCUACAGCGGACAGCUGUCCCAGGUAAACUUGUGGAGUCGCGCCCUCACGAAGCAGGAAGUGGCGGCCUUGGCCGAGUGUCGCCAGACCUUGGAAGGGAACCUCAUAGCCUGGGAGGGGCCCUGGGACACAUUCGGGAACGUGACCUUAACGGAGGAGCCCAUUGACAAGCUGUGCCAAGAAGCCUCGGGAACAGACUAUUUCGUUUUUACAGAUUUCACGGCUCCCGCCGCCUUCCAGGUGUGCGAGGGCCUGGGUGGCUACGUGCCCACGCCGGAGUCUCGCGGGGAAUACGAGACCAUCGUGCAGGCGGUAGACAAUUACCUCAAGAACAAUGGAAGGGAGUGCAAGCCCUUUUGGGCCGGCAUCACCGAUAAUCAAGAGGAGGGAGUGUGGACCCUGGUGAAGCACAUGUCCAAGCUGGAGCCGCCCUGGGCCGUGGACGAACCGGACGGCAGCAACCUAGAGAACUGUGCUGUGGUGGAAGGUCCCCUCAAGAUGGCGGACGCCCGCUGUGACGAGCAGCAGUGCGUGGUGUGCGCCGUGCCUCGCCGCCCUGUCUGGAAGCUGCUAGGUGCCUGUGAAAGGUACCACCGCAACACUCACUUCGUGGCACUUCAGGAUCCCAGCGAAGGCUUCCUGUUCCGCGGCUACUCUGACUACCGCAUCGUGCGAGAUGGAAGUCAGUGGCUGUGGUGGGACUGGCGCAACAGCCAGACGGUGGCCACGCUGUCCAGCGGUGUCAACGGUGUGCCCAUAGGACGCCAGGACUGGAGGCUCACAAGACCCAUGUGUGGCCAGACGGAGGGGAGACGCGCCGCCUCCUGCUGACGCCCUGCCCGGCAGAUUUCUUCUCCUGUGACGACGCCUCCUGCAUACGCCUAUACCAGCGGUGUGAUCUCAAGUUCGACUGCCGUGACAAGAGUGACGAGAGUGGGUGUCAGCUGGUGCGGUUUCCUCCCGUCUACCGGCCUGAUUUGCCUCCGGUGGUCAACAACCGGAACAACGAGUCGUCGCCGCUGCCUGUCACGGUGCGGGUCAUCAUCGAGAGCGCCGACGUGGACACGCCUUCCAUGCACAUGCACGUCAAUCUCAACGUGAGCAUGACGUGGCAAGAAGCGAGACUCAACUUUCUCAACCUCAAUGAAGACUACACGCUCAACAGGUAAGCAAAACUUCCGCAGUGUGGCGGGCGUCCCGCAGCCUGCCGACAAAACCCCAAUCGACCUGGCCGGCAUUGACGCGCCCCGUGAUCUGGGUAACACGACGCCCAGAUACCUCGAGUUUCUGCCAAGCUCAGCAAAGGCAGGUCAUUAGCGUUCGUCGUAAUGCGGGUCGGCGCCCACCGUCCAUUGCUGAUCAAUAAAUCGUACGUGCUGGUGACAGCUGCCACGGACCGGGUUGGUCCACACUGGCCGAUAAGUCGCCAGGGGAGCGAGGCAGCGUCCAGCCCAGACGGUAUGAUUGGCUGCGGCAGGAGGGAUCGCGAUCCAGCCAGGCAGGGAAUUCACACCCUACGGUGUGUCUGUCGGUGAUGACGUAAGCUUUACGUAAAUUUAACAAAGAGACAAGGUAGUGCGUGCCGAAAGCAGUGAUUACCUCUGUUUAUCUUCACGUCCACUGCGAACUUUAACUCUUACUUGUUGCUCUUUAAUGAACCACUAUUGAGGCCAGCAACAGCGGCGGGCUCGGGGUCGGGGGACGGAAGGACGGGGGUUGUGAGAGUGGGGCGGCAUGCUGGCGUGUCGUGCACCAGUCGGUCAGUCCCUGUGGUCACUCGUUACCUGCUCGCCCGCCGCCGCAUAGCAGGUUCACGUGACUGCCGAGUCAGGGAAAAACUUCUUGCAAAAAGAGGGGAAUGCGUGAGAGUGUGAGUAGGAUUCGGUCGUUCCUCACGCACCCUGCCUCACAUGAGAAAAUAAAAAUAAUAAAUGAAUAAUUCGUGUGCCCACUUAACUAUCAGAUCUGGUUUCUGCUUAGCUCGUCGCGGAGAUUGAUAAAAUAAACGUUCAUAAUCUCUUCACUAUUUCACUAUGUCAUGUAACUAUUUUUUCUUUGCUCCAUGAAGGUCACUUUCAA